AUGGCUCCAGGCGUGCGCACUGUUGGCGCCAGCACCCGUCCCGGCGUGAGAUCUACUUCGAGAGCACCAUCAUCACGACGUGGCCCAUCGAUUGCGACGCGCAACGGCGCUACAUCACCGACCCCCUCUAUAGCUUCAGUGACCACAGUUAAUACCAUGGGCAAUAAGCGCAAGGACCGCGACUUCGAAAUGGAACCUAGCUCCGAAGAGACCAACAUUCAAGUCGUGGUUCGAUGCCGAGGACGCAACGAGCGCGAGAUUCGCGAGAACAGCAAUGUUGUUGUGACAGCAGAUGCGGUUAGGGGAAAGGUCGUUGAGUUGUCAAUGGGUUCGAAUGCUCUGAACAACCGCUCUUACAAUUUCGAUCGCGUCUUUUCUCAGGCGGCGGAUCAAAAUAUGGUCUUUGACGACACAGUGAAGCCUAUUCUGGACGAGAUGCUCGCUGGAUACAACUGUACUAUCUUUGCCUACGGACAGACAGGCACAGGAAAAACGUACACCAUGUCCGGUGACAUGACAGAAACAAUGGGCCUCCUUUCAGACGACGCAGGUAUCAUUCCACGAGUGCUGCAGACUCUUUUUAACAAGCUCGAGCUCGAAGACGCUGAGAGCACCAUCAAGUGCUCCUUUAUCGAACUCUACAACGAAGAACUCCGCGACCUGCUCGCAUCCGAUGAAGGCGGCAAGCUCAAGAUUUACGACGAUAACUCACGACGUGGCCACUUCAGCACUCUUGUCCAGGGCAUGGAAGAGAAGCACAUUAAGAAUGCUGCCGAGGGUGUCAAGGUGCUCCAGGACGGCAGCUUGAAGCGACAGGUGGCAGCUACAAAGUGCAACGAUCUCAGUUCUCGAAGUCACACUGUUUUUACCAUUACUACAUAUGUCCGAAAGCCUAACGAGCAAGGCGUGGAUGCGCUUGUCAGCGCCGGAAAACUUAACCUCGUCGAUUUGGCUGGUAGCGAGAAUAUUCAGCGAUCUGGAGCCGAGAACAAGCGCGCGGCAGAGGCUGGCCUCAUCAACAAGUCCCUCUUAACUCUCGGUCGAGUUAUCAACGCUCUAGUUGAUCGCAGCUCUCACAUUCCCUUCAGAGAGUCCAAGUUGACUCGACUCUUGCAAGAUUCUCUUGGAGGUAGAACCAAAACCUGCAUGAUUGCUACGAUUUCUCCCGCCAAAAGUAACCUGGAAGAAACCAUCUCAACCCUUGACUACGCUUUCAGAGCAAAGAACAUCAAGAACAAGCCGCAGCUCAACCCUAUGGUGGAGAAGAAGACACUUCUCAGAGACUUUACUAUGGAAAUUGAGAAGUUGAAGAGUGAGCUUAUUGCUACUCGUCAACGGAAUGGUGUCUAUCUCUCUAACGAGGCCUACGAGGAGAUGACAGCACAGAGCGAGUCUCGUCGUAUCGUCAAUGAGGAACAGACUGCCAAGCUCGAGACUUUGGAAAGCAACCUGCGAAACAAGGUCCAAGAGCUGUUCAGCCUUCAGUCCACGUUUAUGGGACUCAAGAAGGAUCACGAGGGCACAAGAGCUCUUCUGGAUGAUACAAAAGAGGUUCUGGACCAGACCGAAAUCGUCUUAUCAGCAACACGACAAUCGCUUGCCGAGGAGACCAGGAUCAGAAAGGCACACCAGAAGACGGAGCAGAAACUUACCGAGGUUGGAGGAGAGCUCAUCAACAAGCUCCAAAAGACAGUGAGUGAUGUUGAUGGCCUUCAUGCCAAGAACAAGCGAAAGUCGGACCUUCAGUCUCUCAAUCGAAACACCUGGGCAACAUCUCAGGACCAGGUUGCCGAUGUUACCUCCAUGGUCGAGCGCCGAAUCAACGAGUUUCAACAGGAGCAGCAAGAACAUAUCGCUAGCGUGGGACAGCGCAUGGAGAACUUUGUCGGAGAAGAGCUUAACAAGCUUUCGUCAACACAAUCAUUCCUUGAUGAGCACUUGAGCACCUUUACUGAGUCCAGGAAAGAACUCCUUGACUCAAAGCAAAAGUCAAAGGAGGAUAUGAAUGAGGUUCUAGAGGAAAUCAAGGUCGUUCGUAAUACUGUCAAGGAGCGAAUGGGCGAGGGUCUACAGGCCAUCUCCCAUUCUGCUGAGAGGAUAGCAGCGGACAUGCUGAAUGAGAUGACAGUGUUCCAUGGCCAGCUACACAACUCUUACAGUGCUCUCGGGAAAGACUUCAAGUCUACAUUCGAGGACCUUGUUAAGCAUAUCGCCGCCCAGCGAGCUGAGUGUGAUACCCUCAGACGGCAACUCCAGGCUGCCACAAAUACGAUCGUGUUGCAGAACGCUACCAUUUCUUCUCGUAUUCAGGAUGCCCUGGUAGAGGAGCGUCGCCAGGCCGUUGACGAGCGUCAGAAGCUUGUGACUCAAAUAUCGACACUGAUUAACACUCACGCCGAGAGUCAGGAGUCGCGUCUCAACAAGAAGGCUUCUCAAAUCCAAGAGAGCAUCACUGCUGCUAGCACAAAUCUCGAGCAGGCUGUUGACACAUACGGCGAAGGCAUGUCGUCCUGGGAUGUCAAGGAAGGUGAAAUGUUGGACGAGGUGAAGAAGUCUCGAGACCAACUCAAGAACAAGCUCAAGGAUGACUGGGCAGCUGCCGACGAUCACAGCAGCUCUAUCCAAGCAACUGCCAAGUCUGUCCAUGCUGAGACUGUCCGUGUUGUUGAUGAACAGAUCAAGGAUCUUGAUGUGCAGAUGGAAGCCCUCGACGACUUUGUCACCCGUGCAAAGACUGAGAAUGGCCACCACCACGAGACUCAGAACCAGUCCGUUCAGGCACUGACCAACACUGUCGAGGAGUCCUUCGGAAACAUCUCUUCACACUUCAAGUCAACAUUUGACCGUGUCAAGAACUUGGGUGAAGAGAUGGAACUGGACCUUGGUGAUCUCCAGGAAGGUAUGGAGCCUCUCAACGAUCAGCUCUGUCAACCUCUGGCCAACCUACGCGAAGACAUUGCCAGUGCUGCCAUUCAAGAAUACCAGCCUACAGGCGAAACACCCGCCAAGGUUCAAUAUCACUAUCCCACCAACCUACCUCGCACUGAAGACCAUGAUCUUAUCAUGUCUCGUAUCGACGAGAUAACCACACCAACUAAGGGUCGUGACUCUAACGAGAAGGACAACGCAAUGGUAUUUGCCGAUAUUGACUCCCCUCAAAAGAUGAUCUCCUCUCCAGCCCGUCCACCUCCUCGCAUGUCCAGUGGGGGCGCCCUUGAUCAUACCGGUCCGUCUAUGAGUCUCCGCGAAGUCAACCCCAACGUAUCAACCAACCAUACAACAGGAUCUAUCAAUUUCGACCCCCGCGCCAGUAUAGUAUCUAUGCCCCCUGAGCGCACGUUGCCUAUGUUUAAGCGCACCACGCGUGUGACUCGCAGCACAAGGAAGAUUGGCGGCAGGGACCCCAUCAUUUCCGAGGGCGGCGAGAAUACGCUCCCUACGGCGCUCGAAGAGAGUUUGGCUAGGAGGAAGAGCCCUAGAAUCAACUAG